GUAUUUUUUUACGGUGAUCAAAACUGGGCCUGCUAAGUCCACCGGUUAGAUAGCUAACAGUCUACCUUGUGAUGCCAGCCUUGACAAUAAACACAAACAAACAACGCCGUCAUUCUAGACACCGUUGCGGCUCUUCAACCACCGUCUCUCUCCACUUUCAAGCUUGCAUGAUCCCAAGACAGCUUAACCUAUUUUGAUUCUAGUGCCAAUCUGGAAGUCCACCGCAAACCUGCUGACUUCGCGUCAGUGGCCUUGCACACUGCGACGCGUCUGAGCGCGUCUCUCAUCGACAUCUGCCAAGACUUUUGAACUCGUCGCAACAAAGAAAGGAUGGCUGAUCAAAGUGAGGAUGAAAUCCGUGAGCGCCUGAAGACGGCCCUGUGGUUCUCCAUCGGCAAGAUCGUCGAUGAGGAGUCCAUGAGAAGGAACACGAAUGCCACGCCGCAGUUUAUCGGUGCGCUGACGGAUAUGGUAUGGAGUCAGAUCGAAAACGUAGCUAUCGAUCUGGAAUCCUUCAGCCGUCAUGCCAACAGAACAACAGUCACCACAGACGAUGUCCUGCUAUUGGCUAGAAGAAACCAAGAUUUGCACUCCAUUGUCAAAGACAUCGUCGACAAGGAAAAGACGAGGAAGAUAAGGGCGAAAGCGAAGGGGAAGGGCAGAGCGUGA